UAGUAGUCACGUGCACUAAACACGUGCUAAGCUUUUAAGCUUUUGAUAACUUUCUGAGAUAGUAGAAAUCGUCUUACCUUUCGCCCUACUAUUACAAGAGCAAAAUCAUGUCCCAAAGAGGUUCUAGCAAUCGUGGUGACAGUCGUGGUGGCUACAGAGACAGCCGCAGCGAUCGAGACAGUGGCCGUUCUAGAGGCGGAUACAGUAAUGACAGACACGACCGGAACGGCUACUCGAAUGGCUACAGCAGUGGAGGCUACAACGACAAGAGAUCCAGCUACGACAAACUAGACCGAUUGAAUGACUACACAUCAAGUAAGAAGAGGUGGGAUCUCUCGCGCCUGCCCAAGUUUGAGAAGGAUUUCUACAAAGAGAGCUCAAUAGUGGCCAGUCGCAGUGAUGGUGAGAUCAGCAGCUUCCGUAAAAUGAAGGAAAUGCUUGUGAAGGGUCAGAAUGUACCAAAGCCUGUAUCCACCUUUGACGAAGCUGGUUUCCCGAAGCACGUACUGGAAGCAUUGUACAGUCAAGGGUUCAAAGAGCCCACCCCCAUCCAAGCUCAGGGCUGGCCAAUGGCACUCAGUGGUCGAGACUUUGUGGGCAUUGCACAAACAGGCUCUGGGAAGACACUAGGGUAUAUCCUACCGGGAGUGAUUCAUCUGUCCCACCAGCCAAAGCUCUCGAGGGGAGAUGGCCCAAUCGUCCUAGUGUUGGCCCCCACAAGAGAACUAGCUCAGCAAGUUCAAACAGUAGUGGACACGUUUGGACGAGCCUGUCGGGUCACCAGCACCUGUGUGUAUGGGGGCGCUCCCAAGGGGCCGCAGAUACGAGCUCUUCAAGAAGGUAUCGACAUCUGUAUCGCUACACCGGGUAGACUGAUUGACUUCCUCGAGACUGGCAAGAUCAAUCUUCGUCGGUGCACAUACCUGGUUCUAGAUGAAGCUGACAGGAUGUUGGACAUGGGCUUUGAACCACAGAUUCGUAAGAUAGUAGACCUCAUUCGUCCUGACAGACAAACACUCAUGUGGAGUGCCACCUGGCCCAAGGAAGUGCAAGGUCUUGCCGAGGAUUUCCUUGUGGAUUAUAUUCAAGUCAACAUUGGUAGCAUGGAGCUGUGUGCCAACCACAACAUCACUCAGAUCAUCGAGGUGUGUGAAGAUUGGGAGAAGGAGGGGAAGAUGGGCAAGCUACUCGAGGGCAUCAUGAGCACCACUGAGAACAAAACCAUCAUCUUUGUAGAGACUAAGCGACGAGUGGAUGAGAUCACGAGGAAACUGAGACGUGAUGGUUGGCCGGCUAUCUGUAUCCAUGGUGACAAGGAACAGCGAGAGAGAGACUGGGUGCUUGCUGAGUUCAGGUCAGGCAAGAGCCCCAUCCUGUUGGCCACUGAUGUUGCCUCAAGGGGAUUAGAUGUGUCUGACAUAAAGUUUGUCAUCAACUUUGACUUCCCCAACAACACCGAAGACUAUGUCCAUCGUAUUGGUCGUACGGCUCGUGCCAAGAAGACUGGUACUGCCUACACUUUCUUUACUAAGAACAAUGCUAAACAAGCCAAGGACCUCAUUGAGAUCAUUAAGGAGGCUGGCCAAGCCCCACCUCCUAAACUGUACGAUAUGAUGGGCCUGGCCAAACAACUCAUGCACUUCAAACAGCGUCAGCGUUAUAGUCGUGGUGGUCGUGGUAACGAUCGAAUCAGUGGUGGUAACUAUGGAAAAGGCAGCUUUGGAGGCAACAAAGGUUCUAGCUCGUAUGGAAGCUCGUCGUCUAGCAACCAAUACGGUGGAGCCUCUAAUCAGUCCAGCUCAUACAAUAGUAGCAGCUAUGGCUCCAAUGGCUACUCCAGCUACUCGCAACCAGCCUCGUCAGGGAGCUACAAUACUAGUGGAGGGUAUGCUCAACCCACCAGCUCUACUGGCUACUCUACCACAACACAGCAGCCAGCUACCAACUAUUCCAACCCCCCUACUGCUAACUACAACACUGGCAAUUCCACUGGUGGCAUUCUCCCUAUCCCGGGAGCUACGACAACCUCCACUUACACAGCCCCUGUUGCUAAUUACGGCUCUGCUCCAGCUUAUCCUGCUGUCCAAGGUCCUGCCUAUCAAAGCUAUCAGCCGCAAGGGACGUAUGCUGCCCCCUCGUCUGGAUACUACAUGCCGCCCCCUCCACCUCCCACGGGUCCUGUAGCUCAACCACCGCCCCCUCCACCUCCACAGUAGGCGGGGCCAAUGGAACACUGAACACUGACUAUCAAAGAUUGCGUAUUGACUUGUAGCACUUAUUUAUCACUGUUAUUCUAUUAUAAUCACGUUGAUAUUUUGCAGUAUUUAUCUUUAA